UAGGUUGUUCCUAGUACCUACCCUAUCGGCCAUCAUUAAAGCUUUGUUGAAAACAGUUAUUCUAUACUUGUAGAAUGACUAGAAUGUAAUUUUUAAUGAUAUGAUACAUAAUGUCAUCUUCUAUGUAGGUACCUAAUUAUUCUUAUCUGUUUUCGUGGAACUCUGACUAAUCUUAUAUUAUUAGGUAUAUAAUAUUAUGCUAUUUAUAUAACUUGUCCAAUUUACCCUAUAAGAUUCCCCGAGAUGUGGCUUGUCCAAUCGUUUUGGAAACUGUGCGGUGUGUUCAAUACGGAUUUGACUUACAAUAAAUUCCAAAACGUGUAUUCAGUGUUUUUAAUCGUUACUUGCGUUUACAAUUUUAUUACCGCGUCGAAUACUUUAUGCAAAUUAGACCAGUGGUGUAACGUUUUCUCGACGGCCAUGAUCGGCAUGUACACUAGGGUGUUGGCGUCUACCACUCUUCUGUCGAGGAUCGCCAUAAUGAUUAAAUCAAAACAGAGUUUACUCAAGUACAAGGAAACUAUAAAGGCUUUCGAAAUGUAUUCACCGACGUCAUGUGCGCAACAUAAGAACUACAAAAUAUUUUCGUUCGCCGUCGUUUUCGUGUGCCUGAGUAUAAUUUUACCGAUAAACAUAAGCCGGUUGUAUUAUCUGUACCAAAACGAGACCCACGACAUAUCGUUGUUCAUUUACUAUCUGUUCAUAUACAUUCAAAACCUGAGCAUGUGUUGCAUAGAAACGCAAUUUGUUACCCAGUGUUUUAUAAUCUACACCAGAUUCCGAGGAAUCAAUGAUGAUUUGAAAAAACUACGAAACGAAAACGUCAACUACAUCAAGUACCCGUUCAUAAUGGGAUCUUCGGCAACAAUGUGGAAAGAUUACAAAAAAUCGUUCCAGUGCGUCAGAUAUGACAAAGACUUUUAUCGGCCGCGGCUCAUUAGCCACCCGAUGGCCAACGCUGUGGAGGUACUUAGAAUUAAGCAUUGGCUAACUCGCCAAGCCGUGGACAUCCUCAAUAACCUGUUGGGUAUCCAGAUGGGACUGUCGGUGUUCUUAUUGUGGGUAAUGGCCUUGUUUGAUAUCUAUUAUGAGAUAUUUCACAACUCUCCGUCUAAAUUAUUGGUCUACGGUUGGUUGUUUCAAUACACUCUGAGAUUGUUCAUGAUUAUCUUAGUAGCACACUACACAACGAAACAGGCAGUAAAAUCAAAAUCGAUCAUUUUAGAUACGAAUAAUCAAAUGUUGGACGAUAGUACAAAGGAAGAGUUGUUGCUGUUUGUGAAUCAAAUACGCCAUCAGUCUAUUGAAUUUACCGCGUACGAUUUUUUCACAUUGAAUACACAGAUUAUAAAAUCGGCUAUAGCUGCUGGUACAACCUAUCUGGUAAUAUUAGUACAAUUCCAUUCAUAAAAAAUAGUAAAUUGCUUAAGUAUUAUAUUAUAAAUAUUGGCCAAUCUUAGGCCUUAUGCAGGUACAUUUAGU